ACAUCUAACUUCACACACGAGAAUCUUUUAGUUUGAUAUCUAGAAUUUUAUAAGCUACUUUUCUAUCUUAAUUAAAAAAAAACCUCCAAAUGCCCCUAUCAUACACACGAUAUAUAUGAAAUUUAUACCUUAAUAAAACUUCUAAUCACGAGGUGUGAUUUAUCAGACCUUAUCAAUUGCCUUACUAGAAUUAAUACUAUGGAAUUCACUCUACCAUUAUUUUUCCAAAUACUAUUGCACAUUUGUCUCUUACUUUCUUUCUCCUCCUCCUCUCAAGCCCUCUCUAAUUUAGAUACAAUAUGUAACAAAACUCUCCAUCCAAACUUUUGCAAAUCAAUUCUAACACAAAACCAUUUACAAACUAAAACAAUAAAAGAUUAUGGUAGGUUUUGCAUUAGCCAAUCCUUAACCAUGUCCAAAACAUUCAAGUUAUUAGUAGACCAACAUCUCCUAUCCACAAAAAACGUUUCUCAAAUUACAAUAUACGCCCUUCAAGACUGUGACUAUCUUACUAGUCUAAACAUCGAUUUUCUUUCUACCACGACCAGUAUCCUUAAACCUAACGACUCCUUAAGUAGCGCGGACAUUGAUUAUGUCCAAACACUCCUUAGCGCGACCAUGACCAAUUUAGAAACUUGUUCCGAUGGGCUCAAAGAGGCGUGGUCACCAUCUAGUAUGGCUCGUGACCUUUCACCUCAAAUCUCAAAUGGUACAAUGCUUCUUAGCCUAACCCUUGCACUUUUUACCGAGGGUUGGGUACCAAAAACUACCCCAAAUGGUAAUUAUUUUCCUUUGAAAUUUGACAAAGUGGGUCAUAUUAUUUUGAAUACUACGGUGGUGGUAAAUCCUGAUGGGAGCGGUCAGUUUACAACUAUCAACGAUGCAAUUGCGGCGGCGCCGGUGAAUACGAAGCCGAAUACGGGCUAUUUUGGGAUAUAUGUGGUGGCUGGAGUCUAUGAAGAGUAUGUCAACAUUCCUAGCAACAAAAAGUAUUUGUUGAUGGUUGGUGAUGGUAUUAAUCGGACAAUAAUUACGGGUAAUCGGAGCGUUGGUGACGAUUGGACUACUUACAAGUCUGCUACAUUUGCUGUGACUGCCACAGGAUUUGUUGCAAUAGACAUAACCUUCCGCAACACAGCAGGAGCCAUCAAGCACCAAGCAGUAGCACUUCGAAGCGGAGCCGACCUUUCCGCCUUCUACAGAUGCAGCUUCGAAGGAUACCAAGACACCUUAUACGCACAUUCCAUGAGACAAUUCUACAAAGACUGCGACAUUUACGGAACAGUCGAUUUCAUAUUUGGUAACGCUGCAGCAGUGUUACAAAACUGUAACAUUUACGCCAGACAACCAUUAGAACAACAAUAUAACCUCAUUACUGCUCAAGGCCGAACUGACCUGAACCAAAAUACAGGAUUAUCUAUCCAACAAUCUACAAUUAGAGCCGCCGAUGACUUAGCCUCGACCACUUUUACAGUCGAGACUUAUCUAGGAAGGCCGUGGAAGGAAUACUCGAGAACAGUAUAUAUGCAGUCCUUCAUCGAUGGUUUGAUUGAGCCUGUUGGUUGGCAUGAGUGGUCUGGAAGUUUUGCAUUAAACACAUUGUAUUAUGCAGAGUUCAAUAACACUGGACUUGGGUCUAGUACGGCUAACCGUGUCACUUGGCCUGGGUACCAUGUUAUUGAUCAGACUGUAGCGUCUUAUUUUACAGUGGCUUAUUUCAUAGUAGGUGAGUUUUGGUUGCCCUCUACUGGAGUGCCUUAUACCUUAGGUUUAUUUGGAAAAUAAUGUGUACUGUAUCUAUUGAUUUCAAUGAUUUGACAAGAUCAAAAUCAGGCAAAAUUACCUUGU